AUGAGCUCCGCACAAGGCAACAGAGCCCUCUGGCUCUCAUCCUACUCCAAACCCCUCGAAGUAAUCGACCUCCCCAUCCCAGGCGCUCCCACAGGCACAGUCGUCGUCAAGAUUCUCGCCGCGCCCAUCGCGCCCUACACGCACCUCGCCCACACCGGCAAGCUCCCGCAGCUCAACGUCCACCCGCCCUUCGUCCCGAACCCCAAUGCCAUCGGCCGCGUCCACGCCGUCGGUCCGGAUGCCAUGCGCGUCAAGCCUGGUGAUCUCGUCUACGUUGACGCCACUACCCGCGGCCGCGACGACCCCGUUAACGCCAUGGUUAUGAUCGGUCAUCUCGGCGGCGUGGGCGACGCGGGGCAGAAGUUGAUGAAGGAGUGGCGUGAUGGUUCGCUGCAGCAGUAUCAGAAGGUGCCUCUCGAGAACGUCUACCCUCUCGACGAGAAGCGCCUCAUUGGUGAACUUGGCUACGACUUUGCGGCGCUGAGCUCUAUCGCGCAUUACUCCGUUGCCGCCGGCGCCCUCCUCGAGGCAGCGGACAUCAAAGUAGCAGAGACCGUGGUCAUCGGACCCUCAGGUGGCUCCUUUGGCGGUCUAGCCGUCGAAGUCGCUCUCACCGUCGGCGCAAACGUCAUCGCCCUGGGCCGAAGCGAAUCCAAGCUUGCAGCAAUGCGUACCAAGCUCGGCGACAACCCUCGUCUCAAGACGGUGGUGAUGACAGGCGACGAAAACAUCGAUGCGCAGGCGAUCCUCGCAGCCACGCCUAAUGGAGCCGGAGCCGACGUUUUCAACGACUGGACGCCCGGCGAGCUCAAGAACCCGCCGUACCUCGAGGCCGCGGUGCGCACCCUGAAGCGCGAGGGAAGGGUGAUCCUCAGCGGCGGCGCGAGUGAGACGCUGACGAUACCGUAUGCUGUGUUUGGGCUCAAGAAUCUGAAGUUGAUUGGCAAGUGGAUGUGUGAGCGGCCGACGCUGCUGCAGCUGGUUCGUAUGGUUGAGGGAGGUCAGCUGAGGAUCGGGAGGGAGAGCGGCGCGGAGAUCAAGAUUUUCUCCUUGGAUGAGCAUCAUGAGGCGACGGAAUUUGCGAGGGACAAUGUCACCCUGCUUCGUUUCGCGGAUCACUAUUUCGGAUCGAAACUGGUUCUCGGCUUCUUGAAUGAGUAUCGUGUAAAUUUGCGUCAAUCCCGUCUCGUCAUGAUUGGUCAACCAUCCCCGGGUUUCAGUCUAACCGGCGUGACCGACCUGUUCUUCAUACCUGUUGCUUUCGAUUACGCAUCUCUUAUUCCGUUGGUUCAGGAUGGUAGCAUUUGCGGCAAGGUCCUCGACGUGACCUCCUUGUUAGGAUUUCGCCCUACAACUAGUUUCAUGGCAUCGCGGAACCUUGAUGCGUCGGCCGCGGGAAGUGAGAUUGAGCCCGCUCGUGACAAGGAGAGGGGCGGUUUCUUGAGGGGCCUUACUGGGCUGCCACGCUGCUGGAGGUCCCUGCCAGUGCCUCUGAACCUUCUAAAUUGGGCGGAAGGGGCGAACCACAGGAAGCGAUCCUUCCUUCCCCAACCAGGGCAGUCAACCGAAGGGCCGACCGUCGUGGGCUUUUUGGACGGCAUCACUCCUACUGCACCACUGCGGCUUCUCUUGCACCAUCCGCGCACGCGACACGGCCCCAGGUCUCAUCGCCUAGGAGCCGUCAUAUUGCGACGCCUUUCACUGGCCUUGGCACAAAUUGCAAUCACUUGCUACAUCAUCGGUAUCGCCUCCUUUCUCUCCAUUGCUUUGCUGAAACUCAUCAUGGCGGACAACACAUCCACCCCCGCCGACCCGAUGGCCGCAGCCUCAAAUGCCAUGAUGGCCUCAAUUCAGGACUACAUUCGCACCGCCGUCACCACAGAGGUUGCAAAUCUCCCAAACGCAACCCAGCCCGCCCAACUUGCGGCCCUUCAGAGUCGUCUCGAGACUGCCAACCAGGAGAACUCUGAAUUGAAGGAGAAGAUCAAGCAGAUUGAGAGUAAGAAGUCCACUCGCCACAGCGAGCGAGACACCGUCAAAGCGGCCUUCUCCUCUUACCUGGGCUUUCCUCUUCCAGACUCCAAGCUUUCCCGCCAUUCCCACAGCAAGAGUAGCAAGUUCCCCCAGUUCCAGAAGUUCCCUGUCGAAAUUCGCAUGAAGAUCUGGAAGCUUGCUCUCCCUGCCGGACGCAUUUUUGAUCUCUCUAACGUCGAUGCCCACUUCUCUCGUGUUCUCCGAGCCCCGAUUGCCGCCAACAACGGCGCGCCUAACCCGGCUUUGGUCUUGCGCCAGGCCUCCGGGCUCACUGAAAUGAGUGUGACUGCCCACAAGACGCCCAAGCUCCGACUCGCUUGCAAAGAGGCCAACAAGGCAUUCCUUGAGGCAGGUGGCUUCGAAUUUGGCUUGUUCGGUGGCCCAUACAAAGGACUUUGGUACAACUAUUCAGAGGACAUCGUCUUUGUCCGCGAAGAGCCGCGUACCUGGGCCAACCUCGAUAUGUCACGCAUCGUCCGUGUCGCCUUCCCGCAUAAUAGAUUUAUGUGCAAGGCCGAUGCCACCGCCAAGAUGGACACCAUCCUCGAUCACUUCACCUCCUGCAAGGAGGUCAUUCUCAUGCAGACCAUGGAGUGGGAUAUCCGCUCCUGCCUUGCAAGCCCUCGACUGCCUGCCAAGCUUUUCCCGCUACAGGAAGCCGAUCCUAUUAGCACCCAUGACUACCCGAAGGAACUUUCUGACGACGUCGGUAGCGUCGCAACCUGGGGCGAUGUCAAGCGCAUUGUUGCCCAGAUAUGGGAGGACCACGUCGUCAACGUGAAGCAUCUCAGCCCUGUCCGUGUUCCCAAGUUCUCCGGGAUCGAGGUCCUUAAAGCUCGCCCGAGCUACUUUGACUAG